GACCGACAGCAACUCAUUAGCAGACAGUGGGAAGGAAGAUGGCCGCGGCGGAGCUAAUCAUGAAAUCCAAAUAUAAGUUCACCGAUCCCAAUGCGAAAACGAAAAAAAUAUGUAAUUAGCGAUGCACGUGCGGCCUCUUAAUCGAUCGGGUCUCCGUCACGAUCCUCGUGAUGGAGCGCUCACAGGUGGAAGCAGGAAGGGAUGGUCGUGAAUCCGAGCUCACCGUUGGAUUUUCUGCUCCACCGCAAGCUCUUCUCGAUGGCCUUUUUGAGAUCAAGUUGCCGUCGUGAUGCAUUUCCUCGCUGAAGUGAUCUGAGCAUCAAAACACUUUAGCACAAUAGAUUAUACAUACUGCACCAGAGUACUGAGGGUGGCCUGAGGUGAACUCUUGGCUUAUAUUUCCUUGUCUUUGGGAACGAAGGAUUCAUGGCCUAAAAGGGUGGUGCAGAACUGGUCCUCGAGAGGCAAAAAAUGGCAAUCGCAUCGGGACUCGGUCAUAGACAGCGAGGUGCAGUUUAAUCUUUGGCAAAGCUUGGUCUGAUCCACUUGCAAUUAGCUAUAACUCCAGCCUGCUGGAAUACGUGGGGAGGCUAGAAUUCCUUAUUCCCAAGUCUUUCUACAACAUAAAUGCUCCUCCAUGGGAGAAGAAGAAGAAGAAGAAGAAGAAAGCAUGUGUUGGGUGACCAUUUGAUGGGAGAAGAAGGAAGCAUGUGUUGGGUGACCAACAUAAUGGCGAAGGGAUCCAUGCAGCCUUCUCUGUCGUUUGAGUUUGUUGCUUGACAAGACAUCCAACAGGAGAGUUGGUUGAAGGAUUCAAACCUAACAACAACAAUUGUGUCGAGGUGUUGCAGUUGAGAAGAAGCGGCCACCAUGUUCUUCCGUAUCCGUUUCUGUUUCGCUUUUCUUGAAGCUACAAGAAGAAGUUUGCGCUUCGCUUGCGGUCGAGUAAAGCGCUGGAUUAAAGGAGGAGCACACACCACCGUGCAUGAGGGGGAAUUAAUUAUUUGUUCUCCGGUGGGGGGAAUUAAAUCCCAAGAUUCUACACUUGGAUGGUGUGCGAGGCAGCGCUACUCUAUUCCUUAUUCUCAAAAGAAAAAUGGGAAAUCAUAUAUGAAGUACCAAGGCAUGACGACUACGACACGCCGACCGAGGGAGCCAGAAGAGAUGACAGAAAGAGUCUCGAUCAAAGGCAUGAUGAUGAUGAUGAUGAUGAUGUCUGCUGCAUUCACCCUUCACUGUACUCCCAUCCUUCCAACCUCUUCUUGCUCGUUCCACUGGGUAAAAGCUCCGGAGUCGCCAAUCCUGGAGUACAGCUCCGGGCCCGGUGUGUAUCGGAUCGGGUUGUUACUCGGAUGUUGGCUUUCAUCAGCAAAUCACCGCUGCACACCCGCCACGGUAGGGCGCACCCCCCCCCGCGUUCUCGGGUGUUUCUCCCAAUUAGAUGCCUGUCGUCCACCUCAGCACUCUCCCACCUAUUAAUUAAUUCCCCUACCCUCUCUCUCCCUUCUCUCUUCGACCAUCGUCAUCUACCCGCCCAAACCUCCAAUUUUUUAGACCGUUUCUUCCAUUUCAAUCUCUCUCUCUCGAGCUCCAUGCAACCUGCAACUCCCUCUUAGAGAGAGAGAGAGAGAGAUUUACCACCAAUUUACCGGUCCCAUAGCGUCCAAUUUUGUUUCGAGCGAGAGCGAGAACGAGAGAAUGAGGCUCUCGAAGGAGUUCAUGGACAGCCCCCUUGGUGAUCGCGGGGCGCAUGACCUGGAGAGCGUCGUCGUCCAAGGCGACCAUAUCCAGACGGCCGCCGCCGAUUCGGUGGUUCGCCACAAGUCAUCCGGGUCGUCGAAGAGCUUCGCGCGGACCCUCCUGUCCCAGCCGUCCAAGAUCAUGAUGAGCUUCAGGGAGUCCGUGAAGAGCCCCAGCUCCAGGAUCCAAGCCCUUAGGGAGAGGAGGAACGCCGGGAGGAUGAACCGGGUGACGUCCAGAACGCAGAUAGGCCUCGCGGGGCUCCGCUUCCUCGAUAAGACGUCCGCCGGUAACGACGGGUGGAAGGCCGUCGAUAAGCGGUUCGGUCAAUAUGCCGUCGAGGGGAGGCUUCCCAAGGAGAACUUCGGCCCCUGCAUCGGCAUGGCUGAGUCAAAGGAAUUUGCCGGGGAGAUAUUUGUUGCUUUGGCAAGGAGGAGGAACUUGGAACCAGAAAACGGUAUAACCAAAUCUGAACUGAAGGAGUUUUGGGAAGAAAUGACAGACCAAAAUUUUGAUUCUCGACUCCAGAUUUUUUUCGAAAUGUGUGACAAGAAUGGUGAUGGAAAGCUCUCAGAAGAUGAGGUGAAGGAGAUUAUCAUUCUGAGUGCCGCAGCAAACAAGCUUGCGAAGUUGAAAGCACAUGCGGCCACCUAUGCUGCUCUCAUAAUGGAGGAGCUUGACCCAGACGGUCUGGGUUACAUUGAGCUUUGGCAGCUUGAGACAUUACUUCAAGGGAUGGUUAGCUCAGACGGAGCCGAGUUAACAAAAAGUUCGCAGAGCCUUGCGAGAACAAUGAUACCGCUGAAAUACAGAAACCCAGUCACCAGAUUUUUCAGCAUGACCACAGAUUUUGUUCAUGAGAACUGGAAGAGGAUAUGGUUCAUUUCCUUUUGGUUAACAGUCAAUCUAGUCCUAGCUGGAUGGAAAUUUCUCCAGUACGAAAGGAAAGCAGCAUUCGAAGUGAUGGGCUACUGUGUCUGCAUGGCCAAGGCUGCAGCUGAGACCCUCAAAUUGAACAUGGCUCUAAUUCUCAUCCCUGUUUGUCGCAACACCCUCACGGGGCUCAGAUCAACCCGUCUCAGUUCAAUAAUCCCAUUUGAUGACAACAUCAACUUCCACAAGACCAUCGCGCUGGCAAUAACAAUCGGAACUUUAGUGCACACAAUUGCUCAUGUAACAUGUGAUUUUCCAAGGUUGAUAACAUGUCCUAGUUCGACAUUCAUGAGAACACUGGGACCUAAUUUCAACUACAAGCAACCCACUUAUGCAUCUCUAGUGGCAAGUGCCCCUGGGACCACCGGGAUCCUCAUGAUCAUCAUCAUGGCAUUUUCUUUCACACUGGCAACACAUUCGUUUAGGAGGAGUGUCGUCAAGCUGCCAUCCCCCCUCCACCAUUUAUCUGGUUUCAACGCAUUUUGGUAUGCCCACCAUCUUCUGGCUGUCGUGUACGUCCUUCUGAUAGUACACUCAUACUUCCUUUUCCUCACCAAGGAAUGGUACAAGAAGACAACAUGGAUGUAUCUUACGGUUCCAAUCAUCUUUUAUACCUGUGAGAGAUUAAUUCGGAGGGUUCGUGAGAAAAGGUUUCAUGUGAGCAUCAUCAAGGCAGCAAUAUAUCCAGGUAAUGUCCUUUCGUUACAUAUGAAGAAACCAGCAGGUUUCAAAUACAAAAGUGGAAUGUACCUUUUCGUCAAAUGCCCAGAUGUGUCACCCUUCGAAUGGCAUCCAUUCUCAAUCACUUCUGCACCAGGAGAUGAUUAUGUGAGUGUUCACAUCCGGACGCUAGGGGACUGGACGUCUGAGCUUAGGAAUCUGUUUGGAAAGGUCUGCCAGUCUCAGGUCACUUUGAAGAAGGCUAAUCUAAAGAGACUUGAAACCACAGUUGUGGCAGAUGUUCAAUUUGCAGAUACAAGAUUUCCAGAGGUCUUCAUCGAUGGACCAUAUGGUGCACCAGCUCAAAACUACAAGAAAUACGACAUUCUUUUGCUCAUCGGGCUAGGAAUUGGUGCAACUCCAUUUAUAAGUAUACUGAAGGAUCUCCUGAACAAUAUAAAGACCAAUGAGGAAAUGCAAAGAAUACAUAAUGCAGAUGCAUCUGACACAAAUGCAGAUGCAAGUAACACCAAAGGAAAUGGUCCAGGAAGGGCCUACUUCUAUUGGGUGACAAGGGAACAAGGAUCCUUUGAAUGGUUCAAAAGUGUCAUGAAUGAUGUUGCUGAGAGAGACUACAAUAAUGUCAUAGAGAUGCACAACUACUUGACAAGUGUGUAUGAAGAAGGCGAUGCAAGGUCAGCCCUUAUCGCAAUGGUUCAGUCACUUCAACAUGCCAAAAACGGUGUCGAUAUCGUAUCUGGAAGUCGGAUACGCACACACUUUGCAAGGCCAAACUGGAGGAAAGUGUUUACGGACUUGUCCAACACCCACAAAGCUGCUCGAAUUGGUGGAACUAUUUUUGAACUUUUAGUAUCUCUAUCUACCUCUUCAAUGUCUAGAUUCCUUAACUUGUGGAAUUGCAGGUGUUUUCUACUGUGGACCUCCCACACUCACAAAAUCACUGAAGGAUCUUUCACAAGAAUUCAGCCAUGACACCAGCACUCGAUUCCAUUUCCACAAGGAGAACUUCUAGAGAAGAGACAAGAUAAUGUUGGUAGCCAAAACAUGGUCGUAUAGGAAAAGUUUUCGGGAACCAUUAGAAAAUUCUUGUACAGAAAUUCCAGUGUUGAUAGGAUGAAAUGUUACAACAUACACAAGAGAAAAGAUUUAGAACAGGUGUGAAGUAGCGAGAAAUGAAUGAUUCCUUCAUCAUUUCUGACUGUCCGGAAACGAUUCAAGAAUUGGGAUAUCUAUUCCAUCAGAAGAAUCAUGAAGAAAAAAAAUCUUUCUUGCCUUGGGCUUUUUUGCUCUGGCAUUUGGCUA